GUAGCUUUAAAACAAGGACAAAACAUAAGAAGCCAGAAGUCAACAGCAUUUCAGCAGGAUGGCAGAUGAAGUGCAGUACGUUUCAGUGAUUUUCUCACACAAUAACCAGCAGUCAAAACCUCCAAACUACCAGGAGAAAGCAGAAGAUGUCACGUACAGUGAAAUAAAAGGAGCAAAACAUCGUCAACCCAAGCAGAAAGAAAAUCAACCAGCUUCUCCAGUUUCUACUGCCAAUGAAGAUUAUAAAGCUUGUCUUUUCAAAUUGCUGCUCCUCCUAUGUGUUUUGCUGCUGAUUGUCUGUAUCUUCAUGGCGGUGUACUAUUUCAGAUUUCAAUCAAAAGAACUCCAGAAUAACCUCUCAGCUCUGCAAUCCCGAUAUUCAGCUCUGAAUCUCAGCCUCUUUGAUCUUCAGUCCCAGUAUUCGGUCUUAAAUUCUAGUCACUCUGGCCUGCUGAAUGACUAUUUCAUGUUGAAUAAAAGCCAGGUUGUCCUGCAGGACCAAUAUUCAGUACUGAAUGAGACUAACACUAAGCUGUCUACAAGAGUCAUGGCCUUAAUUAAAUACUGCCCUUCACAAAAUUUAUUGACUCAAGGAAGCAAAUGUUCUUUCUGCCCAGACAGCUGGCAGCUAUUCAACUCCAAAUGUUAUUACUUCUCCAAUGAUAAAAUGGACUGGAACCUGAGUAAUUAUGACUGCCUAUCAAGAGGAGGACAUCUGGUGAUUAUAGAUACUAACGAUGAGCAGUCCUUCUUAGCAAAUAUGAAUAAAGCCAAAGAGAAAUUCUGGAUUGGGUUAACCUAUUUUAAGGACAAAAAUGAGUUUUGGUGGGAGAACAAUGUACCUGUGGAUAUAUCAAACAAGUUCUGGGGCGAUAAUCAGCCAAAUCAGCCAUAUAAACAAAAUAACCCAUCAUUCCAAGAAUACUGUGUGCUGCUAAACAAUGAAAAAUGGCAUGAUUAUCCCUGUGGUACUCAAGCAAACAGGAUCUGUGAAGCUGCUGCUGCUUGGUUUAACUUCUAGAUUGAAGGAGCAGGUAAAGACAACAGGAGCUGCUGCCUUGACCCAUCAAUGGAGAUAUUUUGAAGACACCAUCAACUCUUUCUUUUCACCUGCCUUCUACUGGAUAAUGAAGUGAUACCUAAAGUUCCUCACCGUGCUACACUGAACAACACUGAGUGCAAACAGGCUUCAUCAUAUAUAUUAUAUAUUAUUAUGCUUUAUUUACCAUAUUAGCUUUGUUCAAAUAAUUCAAAGUCACCAUUAAAUCCACACACUUGUUCCUUACUUAAAAGAAUGUAAGUUCACAAGGUGCUUUCUAGAGCUAAUGAUUACAAAAGAAACAUUGUACAUACAGGAUAUCUACAGAUCAAGCCCAAGAUUAUUGGAUGUCCCUUCUGAGCAUUUUUUAGCCAAAUUUAUUAGAAUGUUUGAUGACCCAUGAGACCCAGCUCCAGUGCUUGAAGUGGGCUGGUACUCACCAAUUCAACAUAGUGUUCCUUUCCUUAACAUAACCAUGUGAUACUCAACCCACACACUUUCAUUGUCUUGCAACGAUCGAUUGACAUUUCACCACACCACACCAGUACCUAUUUUUAGAAUACCCCCACCCCUUUGGAUCAAGUGCUGACAUAUCCUGGCAUUUCAAUGUCACAGAAUUGCAAAAAAAGAGAACUGUCAGUUAUUUACUUCCACUUCAAGCACUGCCCAGCUCCAAUGUAUAUUGACCAUUUUAGGACAUCCUCCUUUUUCUGAUAUAAUGCCAUUCUGCCUCUCUACCUUUGAUGAAACAUCUUCUGUCCCUGGCAAAAACAUACUCAUCCCUCUUAACACGUCAUUCAUCUGCCAACAAAAAUCCCCUGCCCGACCAUAAAACAAAACAAAACAGCAUCAACUUUCCUGCUGUGUCAUCCUCAUUCCUUCAACUAGGGUUGCCAGAUUGAUCAGACACUUUAACAGCCCAAUCAUUGUCAACAUACCAUCCAUUCCUACUAAAUGUAGCCAAAUUUUAGUUAGUCCAUUUCAGGCCAAUUAAUUGCCCCCAACUCCUAGGUGUAAACCUCUGUGAACAUCACUAUUCUGAUAGGGCAAUCGGUGCGUGAUUUGCAUGGGGAGGUGGGGUUAUGUAGUUAAAUUUUGAGUUUGUUUCCAAUUGACUUUGUUUUUUCAGAGGAUACAACCUAUACAGCAAGGCCUCUAAGUGGAAUGGUAAUUAAGACAAAAUGAUGGCGAGAGCCAAUUUAGUUAAAUGUAUUGCACUCAGGUGAAUAACAUAGCAGAACGUGAGUGAAGGGCUGUGCUAUUUUUAUAGGAUAAGAUUGGGCAUCUCGGCCAGAGAGAGCAUGGUUUAUUACCCGGCCAGGAAGCCAAACAUGAAAGAUAGAUGGAUUGGCUGUUGGGGUGAGAAAAUAACUGUGCCCAGCCAGUAUAAAAUAAUGGACUGACCAGCAGAAGUCAGGUGUUGGGAGCAGUUCAGUCCCCCACAUGUUAGGUUGCAGUGGUCCUUGCACGAGAACCUAGUUGGGACACCUUGCUUGGAAUAUGGAGUCAAGAAGUGCAGGGUGCUGUUGGGGGAGGACCUCCCUACUUUCAUUAUGACCUGGAGGUGCUUACUAGAAGCCGUGGAGUGGCUCCAGAAGCAUUCUUGGGUCCGGCAUAAAAGGUAGCCCACUGCCACACAUGGACAAGUCGGAAGGCAGUGGGCAAUAUUCAACUGAAGGAGAGAAGGAGGAAGAAUUGUACUUUCUUAUUGAUUUAUUUUAUUAUUGUGGCUGAUUACUGGAGAAAGGAAUGGAAAGAAAUGCCUUGAGAGAAUAAAAAGUCUUUAUUUGAUCGUAA